AACUAGCCUUGACUUACUCAAUCUACAACUUUGACUUUCGGCACAUUCUUUACCCAAAUUUGUCGACUCUUAUUGAUAUCAGUUGUGGUUGUUGUGGCCUUGAGAGUCUUUUAGUAUAUCUUGACAACAACUUUAACUAAUAUUAUGCUGUUUUAUCUGGUGAUUUCGCUGGUGCUGGGUGAAUUGUUGCGUCCAGCCAUGAGUCAAGUGAACUGCGUCGAGAUGACGACUCAACUAGUGCCUCACAAGAACUGUGGCAAGUUCAGUGCGAAUGGAUGUUGUGCCAAAGGCUGUGUGCGGAAUGCUCGUGGCCGUUGUGUUGUCGAGGAUUGCAUUGGCAGCUGGACCGGAUGGCUGCGGCGACCUGUGACGAUGUCCUGUUACUUUCAUUGGUUUCUGCUCAUCUUUGCCGCCUUCAUAAUUGUGCUAAUGCUAACGCUGAUCACCUGCAAUGUGGCAUACGAGUUGCGCAAAUGGCUGCGGAAGCGGCAACAAGCAUCGACGCGAUACUUGCACCUCAGUCGCAGUAGCUGCCAGAGUAGCAGUGUUGUCUGAUGAGUAGAGUUAAUGGGGAAGUGGAGAAGGAUCUCGAAAUUAAAUGUGAAGAGAGAGGGACACAAAGAAAAUCAUGUUGUUCCUUUGGCUGCUGUGUGUUAAUGCACAUGCGUGUGGCAUAAAAACUGUGCGGGAUUUGGCAUAAUCUACAAUACAUUAGCGGUAGCUUUGCUCUGGCUUUCAAUUCAAUUCGUUGGGUAUCUGUACGAAAUCCAUGUAAAUUACGAUUUGGCACCUUGCUUGCCGCUGCCUGCUGCUGUUGUUGCUGCUGCUCGACGACGUCGUCGAGCGAUGCCAAAGUCUCAGAAUCCCAUUACAUAGUAGUUAAAACCUGAUUAGGAAAUACUUGCGGCUGCUUUCAGCUUGCCACACACCCAACACACACACACACACAUGAGAGCUUGGUUAAAAAGAAAUAACAAUAAAUGGGACAUGUGAAA